CCUUAGUGGAGGCGUAUUUGCAGGAUAACCCGUUCUGGCAGAAGGACGUCGUUAACUCUAACAUCUGCUAGAUGACUGAUAACCAGGAUCACAGCGUCGUGUUUUAAGCAUUAGUAGCACAAUAUCCACAAUUACAAGACGCUACCUAUGUGACAACCUGUCGGCAAAUGUAUAUAUAAAAAAUUUGAUCGCGCAUUGACAUUAAUGAUCACAUACAUAGGCUACAACUGAAGUUCUGCGACCAUAAUCCUAUUUCGGACGUUGGAUUUUAAUCUGCUAUCAUGGACGAGGACAAUCAGGUACCUGAGGACCUCUCCUUGGAAGAAAGGGAUGAGCUGUCCAACAUACGGAGGAGGAAAAAAGAGUUACUGGACGACAUUGAGAGGUUGAAGUUCGAGAUUGCUGAGGUGAUGACUGAAAUUGAGCAGCUAACCUGUGUGGGGGAGAGCAAAACAACUCAAAGAAACAAACAUAUUGCUAUGGGGAGAAAGAAGUUUAAUAUGGACCCCAAAAAGGGGAUACAGUUCCUCCUGGAGAACGACCUUCUACAGCACACGCCCGAGGACAUAGCACAGUUCCUUUACAAGGGUGAGGGCCUCAACAAAACAGUCAUUGGAGACUACCUAGGAGAACGUGAUGACUUCAACAUCAAAGUCCUGCAGGCUUUUGUGGAGCUUCAUGAGUUCUCAGACCUUAACCUUGUACAAGCUUUAAGGCAAUUUCUGUGGAGCUUCAGACUCCCAGGCGAGGCCCAGAAGAUCGACCGCAUGAUGGAGGCCUUUGCCUCCAGGUAUUGCCAAUGCAACCCAGGCGUCUUCCAGUCCACAGACACGUGUUACGUGCUGUCUUUUGCCAUCAUCAUGCUGAACACCAGCCUGCACAACCCAAACGUGAGAGACAAGCCCCCUGUGGAGCGCUUCAUCUCCAUGAACAGAGGCAUCAACGAGGGGGGCGACCUGCCCGAGGAGCUGCUCAGGAAUCUGUACGAGAGCAUCAAGAGCGAACCUUUCAAAAUCCCGGAGGAUGAUGGGAACGACCUAACACACACGUUCUUCAACCCAGACAGAGAGGGCUGGCUGCUCAAAUUAGCCAGUUCCGGUUACCAGGCUCCAUUUCCUUGGAGUGGAGCUAGAGGUGCUCCUCGUUAUGCCACCACCCGAGAGCAGCCGAAAGGUCUGAUGAUGGAUGGAAGAUAUUCUCCACGUGUUCCAUUCUUCACUCAAACCACAUCUAAGACACUUUGCAUUAACCUGAGGGCAGCUGCCUUCCCAUCAAUGUCGCAGAGGCUGCACAGAAGUUACAGUGUAGCUGCUCUGAAUUCUUGAUGACACAUCGAUGGAAAUUACAGACUGAAGGUUGAGGAUAGUCAUCCAUGGUGGCCUUGAUGGUUACAGCUGCCUUGUGUUUCUCCACGCUUCCAGCAACAAGUGAUGCAUUACUAAAUGCUGAGGCCAGACAGACCGUCCAGGCUUAGAACAGGAUCUGGUACAAGCUAGAUUUCUGUGAUUGCCACCUAUUGAAUUGGAUAACCAUGGACCAGAACAAGAUAAUCAAUAUUUUCCUGCAGCAGUGAAUGUAGGUUACGGCUCGACAUUAAAUUAUAACGAGAAGAAGUGAAUAUAGCUUGUUUCAUAACAAGAUGGGUUGAUGGAGUGAUAUGGAAGGGUGAUUGUCAUUGUUUGUUUACUAAUUGUUAAACAUAAACAAUGUAUAUCUUGAAUCUGCCCUGAGAGCCGUCUUUGUGUCCUGCCUCUCUAACAUUACACAUUUGUGGUUGAGGUUGAGUGAUUGCAAAAGCCAUAGCAAAUAUAAUAGAAUAUAACUUCACUUUUCCAGAACUUUGUGGUGUC